AAAAAUGAUAAUUCAAUCGGGAUUAUUGUUGUUAUUGUUAAUGUUUAUUAAUUCUUCCCAUUGCUGGGUUAUUGGCCCAGCUCUGGCGUCAACUGAAUAUUCGAAACGUUUACAACAGGCACAACAAUUGCGAAAUGAAAAACUGUUAGCCGGGACUUCUGAAACUUCUUUUGUUUUGACAACAGUGACUGAGACGACCAAAACACCGGAAACAACAACUGAGCCAUCAACACCCGAGGAAAUUCAAAAUGAUAAAAAUGAGAAAAAAGGGUAUUUCUCAUAA